AACUGCGCUAUCUUGCGCAAAGGCUCCUGGGUGUUGUAGUUCUCCCAGAAUUCCCUGUGUUGUCGAAAUGGCGGCGGAAAGGAGUUGUUUGACAGAGUGACACAAACAAAAAUAUAUGAAGAUGGAUGCCAUUCCUUUGUCCACGUUGGAACUAAUAUGUUUGGGAUCCAGUGUAGUGGCCUCUGGGCUUUUCUAUUACAUAUAUCGAAAGAAAAUGAACACAGUGGAUAAAUUAAAGGGAGCCCAAAAGCUGCCACUUAAUACCCAGAUUGUUUCUGUUUUGAAUGCUGCACCAGAGAAAUGCCUGAAGUAUGUUGCUAUUGAAGGAAUUGUGCAACCUGUAGGUGUGCCUUUGAAGAGCCAGUACAAGGACAGUUGUUUGGGGGUCAUCCAGAGACUGACUCUGAAAGAGCACAAGCUGGUGUGGAAUAAUGUAGUCCGUAGCUGGACGGAGAGUGAGAGUAUAUUGCACCAGCAUGUUUACACCGUCCCCUUUAACCUAGUAUCACCCAACACAUUUACCAGCAGCGAAAGUGAAAGAGCAAUCAGAGUCCUCAACCCCUUGGAGGCAUCCAGUCUGCAUCUGGAGAUGAUUCAUGAGAAGUUCCAUCAGGCAAUGCAUGGCUUCACUGACAUUGUUGGACAUUACCUGAGUGGAGAGAAACCCAAGGGUGUGCUUGAGACGGAGGAGAUGUUGAAAAUUGGGGCUACACUGACUGGAGUAGGUGAACUUAUCGUUGACAGAGAUGGCAUUCUCAAGCUGCAACCACCCACAGAUGGAUCAGAAUAUUUCCUGAGCCCCUCAGGUCUUGAUUCCAUUGUUGGAGAGCAAAAAAGCCGUGCCAUAGUGUGGCAGGUUCUUGCAGCAUUCUGUGGUCUCGCUGGGGCGGCAGUGCUGCUAAGUGUGGCUUGGAGGUGUUACAAGCAAAUGCUGCACAAACGGGACAGGGAAGAGAGACGAAAAGAGUUUGAGAAAAUGAGAUUGGGUGGUCAGGUGACUGAAAAAAUUGAUUUGGAAGAGGAGGAGGAGGAGGACUCCUGUAAAGACAUGUGUAUCAUCUGCUUGUCUGAACGCCGCAGUUGUGUGCUUCUGUACUGCGGCCAUGUCUGCUGCUGUUUCAGUUGUUAUCAGGCAUUGCCCUCACCCAUCUGCCCAAUCUGCAGGUGUGUCAUUGAGAGGGUAGUUCCUCUUUAUCAGGCCUGAUGAUGUUGUAUAGUUAAUAGCUUUUACUUUAAGGUCUUUGAGUGUUGCUGCCCAUGUUGUACCAAGGAGAGAUCUGUGGCAUUGAAGUUCUUCCUCAGAUAUCACACUUUCUGCUGUUCACAUGGUAGCACUUGAACUUACUUUAGUGCAGAAUUAGUACAUGAAUGCAUUGCACUGAAGAUGUUUUUUUUUUCAGGUGCCUUAGCUAUUUUGCAGAGUUUGGAAAACUUGAAAUGGGCAGAGCUGCCUUAGGAAUACCAAAUAAAAAUAGUCAUACUACACUAAACUGUUAUCACAUUUGUCUCAAGAUUUCUAGACCUCCACAUUCAGGUGCUUCCUAAACAUAACUGAAGCCAAACCCUCAGAUUUAAUGCAGUUAAUAUGGAAUUGCACAUUCCAGAAUCACAAUGGAGAAGUUACGUAGGCAUUAUUUUACACUCUGGCCCCAGUCCUCAGUGUUUUGGUACUGAAUUGUCCGAUAAAGUAGUGCACAUAGCCUUUUACCUCAGUAAUGUGUAUCAUUCUAAUUUGUACUGAAGCACGAUGUGUAUUGGUUAGGUAGUGCCUUCUUUUAUGGGGCAUGGUUUUUAAAAGACUAUGUUGAUUUUCUCCUUGUUAAGAGAAUGUUUCAUAUGUAACUCGGUGGAUGGGCUGAGGGAAACAGUUUAAAAGGACCAUAUAUAAGAAUGCUAAUGGCCCAAGUGUUGCACAUGGAUAGGUAUUUUCUGUCAAGGUGCAAUAAAAUCUUUUUCUGCCUGGUGGGUAGGCAUGUGCAACUGGAGAGGGGCCUUAUAUUCUUUGAUUGCAAAUACAGAUAUCAUUAUUAAAGUCCAAUUUACUUAAUAGUU